GCCGGCAAUCCCGUGACGGCUCCAAACCCGAGGUAGUCCGUUCCGAUUGCUCGCGACGGGAUUCUUCCUCUUCAACAUCGAGAACUCGACGACGACGACCAUCAUGUUCUCUCAGAAGCUUGCUCAGCAAUCGCUGCGACGGCUUGCCGUCCAGCAGCCGCUCAUCAUGCAGUCGAUGAUGCGCGCCUCCCCGGCCGCCGUCGCCCUCGGACAGAGCAUGCAAAAGAGGUCCGUUACCUCCAACGCUGAGGACCCCGCCCAGAUCCUGGUCAAGCAGCGUCUCAACCGCCCCGUCGCUCCUCACUUGGCCAUCUACCGCCCCCAGAUUGGCUGGAUCGGCUCCUCCCUGCACCGUAUCACCGGCGUCGCCCUCUCCGGCUCUCUCUACCUGUGGGCCACCGCAUACCUCGCCUCGCCCGCUCUCGGCUGGCACCUCGAGUCCGCCUCCAUGGUUGCUGCCAUGGGUGCUCUCCCCGUCGCCGCAAAGAUCAUCCUGAAGGCCACCAUGGCCCUCCCCUUCACCUACCACUCCUUCAACGGCCUCCGCCACUUGAUGUGGGAUCUGGGCCGUGGUCUGUCCAACAACGUUAUCAUCAAGUCUGGAUGGACCGUUGUCGGCCUGAGCGUCACCAGCGCUCUGGCUCUUGCAUUCUAUUAAAUUUUACCCGGUAUACCUACCUGCUUGAGUUAUUUUUCCUUGUGUCAGUAAAAUGAAUUUGGUCGAGCAAUCUAUACAUGAAAUUCGAUCCCGUGGCGCGAGCUAGGCGCAGAUUACCUCUUUCUUCUACCUGUUACUUUAUUUAUCUUCUAUCUAGAUAUCUUUGGAAAGGGGAGGGGGCGUGUUGGCUCGAUCAAGAUGUGUCCCAGAGCACAAUGCACAGUUGAAAAUCGAUUUCUUGCAAUACCAACACUCCAUAUAUGCCAAUGAGGGCUAACAUUCGAGGGUAACCCAGUAGAAAAGAUAUGACUCGAUGGUUUGCAUCAAGAUCAGAAGAUAUCAA